AUGACUCAGUCCUCAGGUCCGACCUCACCAACGGGAACAGCCCAUCCCUCCCCUUCUCCAGCACCUCCCACCUCCUCAUCCUCCCCUCAGCCCUCAGAGGCCAGUUCCUCCCACCACUUUGACCCCGCCUACGCAAGCGCCAUGGGCAGCGUCCUCGUCGUCGAUCCCCGCAUGAUGCCCCCAGGAUACGUCCUCGGUCAAGUCGCUUCGCCUCGGGUGGAGGAACCAGAAGAGCCUCUCUAUGUCAACGCCAAGCAGUACCAUCGCAUCCUCAAGCGCAGGGCUGCCAGGGCAAGUCUGGAGGCAGAAAACCGCCUGCUUCAACGAGGCCGCAAGUACCUUCACGAGUCGCGCCACAAGCACGCAAUGCGACGCCCACGUGGACCAGGAGGACGGUUUCUGACGGCCGCCGAGAUUGCAGCCAUGGAGGCGGCGGAGAAGGGUGGCAUUGAUGGACAGGACGACGAGCGCGCAGGAUACGGACCCAACCACCCUACCGCCUACCAGGUUCACCACCACCGGCAGCAAUUGAGACAGGAGGAGGUCCUCCAGCAACAGGCACAGUACCACCAGCAACAGCAGCAACAGCAGCAUCACCAGCAUCACCAACAUUCCCAUCCACACCCACAGCACAAGCACCACCCUGGUCAGAGCCAGCCUCAGCCCUCCUACCCAUAG